AUCACAACUCAGUGUGGAUGACUGACUAAUCGGCGUGUAUCCCAGCUACUGUGAAAGACAGAUAACAGAACUUCACUAGGAUUUCUAAACGGCAGCAAUGACAGGAUACGGGAUUUUUCUUCUAUUUAUCGCGACUUCUUUGAGUGUGAUAUAUCCAUGCACAGGAAUAUCGUGGCUCGGUUUAACGUUGAACGGGAGCUCGGUCGGAUGGAAUCAGACGCAUCACUGUAAACUGCUGGACGGGCUCGUGCCAGAUCAGAUGCAGCUCUGUAAACGGAACCUGGAGCUCAUGCACAGCAUAGUGCACGCGGCGAAACUCACCAAGAGCGCGUGCCAGAGCACGUUUAGCGACAUGCGCUGGAACUGCUCUUCUAUCGUGAACGCGCCUCAUUUCACCCCGGACCUUGCUAAAGGGACCCGUGAGACAGCAUUUGUAUUUUCUCUGGCCGCUGCAGUGGUCAGUCAUGUCAUUGCACGCGCCUGUGCAUCCGGAGAACUUCCAAGCUGUUCCUGCGCACCAGCACCCUCAGAGCAGGCGGCCCCGGACUUUAGAUGGGGUGGCUGUGGAGAUAAUGUUCGCUAUGGUCUGCAGAUGGGUUCAGCUUUCUCAGACGCGCCCAUGAGGAAUCGCCGCUCUGGACCACAGGCGUUUAGACUCAUGCAGCUACACAACAAUGCUGUGGGAAGACAGGCACUUAUGGAUUCUUUAGAGAUGAAGUGCAAAUGCCAUGGUGUUUCUGGGUCUUGCUCUGUGAAGACCUGCUGGAAGGGCCUUCAGGACAUCAGCUCCAUCUCCGCCGACCUCAAAUCGAAAUAUCUGUCGGCCACAAAGGUCAUUCCACGUCAGAUAGGCACCCGUCGACAGCUGGUUCCACGGGAGAUGGAGGUGAGGCCGGUAGGAGAGAAUGAACUUGUCUACCUGGUCAGCUCAUCUGAUUACUGCGCACAAAGCGCCAAGCAGGGGUCAUUUGGAACCAUAGACAGGCAGUGUAAUAAGACCGGGAUAGGCAGCGAUAGCUGUGGGCUCAUGUGCUGUGGACGGGGAUACAAUGCCUACACAGAGGUGCUGGUGGAACGUUGUCAGUGUAAAUAUCACUGGUGCUGUUACGUCUCCUGCAAAACCUGCAACCGUACUGUUGAGAGAUAUGUCUGCAAGUGACGCACCACAUAACAAUCACCAGAGAGAAACGAUGCAUUGGUCUCUCAACAUUUAUGUGCUCUUUUUAAGAGUAGAGGGAGUGGGAAAUCCUCUCUUAAGUGCAGUUUGGAUGCCAUGAGAGUGAAGAAAGAAGAGCUGGAGUGAAGGAAUAAGGAAUAGUGAAGAUUUUUCCAUUGACUGAUACAUCUAAAAGAGUUAAUGAAUUGCUUUAAAACAAAGGACCCUGUGGUGAGGCCCUGAAGGCACCCCACAGAAAACCUGAGUGAUAAGUAGUGGCAAAAACUCAUCGGCUCUGGCGCAGAGAAAAACUGUGGGGGAAGGGUUGAACUGCUGGGAAAGUUUCAAUUUACCUCAAUAAUACAUUUCUAGUCUUUUUAAUCUUUUGGUCAGACAGCUAUUUAUUCCUGUUUGGAUAACAUAAAUGCAGAAAUGGACGGAAAUCAAUGAGUUUGAUACUGAAAAAAAUCUCCGCACUCGGUUUGAAGAGUUCACAACACUUUGACUAGCAAAAAGAAAUAUAUCUUAUAUUUGUGUGAUCCAUUAUUCUGUUGUAUUCACAAUAACAUUGCAAGGAUUACUUUGUACA